UUAAACCAAGCCCUCCCACUUUACUGGCCGCCAUGGGGCUGGGGCUGCUGUUCCAACUGUUGCUGCUCUGGACUCCAGGGACCCAGGGGUCUGAGCUGGACCCCAAAGGGCAGCACGUCUGCAUGGGCAGCAGCCCCUCUGCUGAGCUGCAGUGCUGCCCAGGUUGGAGGCAGAAGGAUCAAGAAUGCACUAUUCCUAUCUGUGAGGGGCUGGAUGCCUGCAAGAAAGACGAGAUAUGCGUGAAACCAGGUCUCUGCCGGUGCAAACCUGGAUUCUUCGGGGCCCAGUGCAGCUCCCGCUGCCCGGGCCAGUACUGGGGCCCAGACUGCCGUGAGACCUGCCCCUGUCACCCACAUGGCCAUUGCGACCCAGCCACAGGCAAGUGCCAGUGCCAAGCGGACCGCUGGGGCAGCCAUUGCGAGUUCACGUGUGCCUGCAGCUCCCACGGCCACUGUGACCCUGAGACCGGAGUGUGCCGCUGCAACCAGGGCUGGUGGUCAUCCACGUGCCGCCGCCCAUGCCAGUGCAGUCCCACAGCACAAUGUGACCAGUCCACCGGGGCCUGUCUGUGCCACCCAGGCUGGUGGGGCCGCCGCUGCAGCUUCCGCUGCUCCUGCAACGGCUCCCCAUGCGAGCAGCUUUCUGGCCGCUGCAUCUGCCAGCCAGGCUGGUGGGACUCCCAGUGCCAGCAGAAGUGUGAGUGCGUGCGCGGCCACUGCAGCGCCACCUCGGGCCAAUGCGCUUGCCCUCCUGGCUUCCACGGCGCGCGCUGCGAGCUGCCCUGUGCUCCUGGCAGCUAUGGGGUACAAUGCAGCAAAAGCUGUGGCCAGUGUGAGCAGAAUGCUCCAUGCUCCCCAGACACAGGCAACUGUGAGUCCUGCGAGCCAGGCUGGUACGGAACCCACUGCCAGCAGCCCUGUUCAUCAGGCACCUUUGGCAAGAACUGCAGCCAACAGUGCCCUCACUGCCGGCUUGGGGAGGCCUGUCAGCCACAGACAGGGCACUGUCAGCACUGUGACCCUGGCUGGCUGGGGACCAGGUGUGAAGAUGCCUGCCCAACGGGCACCUUUGGGGAGGGCUGUGGCUCUACCUGCCCCGCCUGUAUUCAGGGAGCCUGCGAUGCUGUGACAGGAGAAUGUGUCUGCAGCGCUGGGUACUGGGGGACCAGCUGCAACAGUUCCUGCCCAUCUGGCUUCCAUGGAAACAACUGCUCUAUUCCCUGCCAAUGUGCAGAGGGACUCUGCCACCCUGUCUCAGGGGCCUGCCCUUACAGUAAGAAUGCUGCCCUCAUCGUUGGCCUUCUGGCGCCUCUGCUACUGCUCCUCCUGGGCAUUGCCUGCUGUGCCUACUGUUGCUGGGCCACCCGGUUGGACCCCAAGGACAGGCCAGUAAGGGAUGGAGCUGCCUUGUCCAGGAUGAAGCAGCAGGUCUGGGGGGCACUGAGCAGCCUAGGCUCUACACUGUCCUGUGGUUCCCUCAGCAGCCACAAACUUCCCUGGGUGACAGUCUCUCACCAUGACCCAGAGGUCCCCUUCAACCACAGCUUCAUCGAGCCGCCCUCUGCUGGCUGGGCCUCCGAUGACUCCUUCUCUUCUGAUCCUGAGUCUGGAGCAGAGGAUGAAGUUCCUGCCUACUGUGUGCCACCCCAAGAAGGGAUGGUCCCGGUAACCCAAGCAGAGUCAGCAGAGGCCAGCCUGGCUGGAGGCCCCUUCCCUCCCCCAGAGGAUACCUCCACUCCAUUUGCUAUUCCACGAACCUCCAGCCUAGCGCGGGCCAAGCGGCCAUCAGUCUCCUUUGCUGAAGGCACCAAGUUUACAUCGCAGAGUUGCCGAAGCUCGGGGGAACUCUCCAGCCCAUUCCGAAAACCCAAAAGGCUCUCCAGGGGCGCCCAGCCAGGUCCUGAGGGCCAGGAAGCCAAGGAAGCCACGACUCUGGAGCAAGCAAACACAGAUGAGGCCCCUCCUGCUGCCGCCAGCCCCAGAAAUUCUGCCAUUGACAACCAGUACUACCUUGAAGACCAAACAGUGGUUGAGCGUGUGGAAGCCAUUGACAAUGGUGUCCAGGAGAGUUCAGGUCCUGUAGCCACAAUCUACAUGCUGGCAGGGACGCCCCAGAGAUCUGAGGGUCCUUUCUGGUCUAUCAUCCACCGUUUUGGUAAUUUCCGGAAAGGUCAGGCAGAAGCCAAGGUCAAGACUGCCAUCCCUAAGCCUCCACGCAGAGCCCUGGGUCAGAACAAGGGUAGCCCUGGGUUGGCCUCUAGUUCUGUCAGUCAGAGCCCUGGUGCUAUUGCUAAGCCACCACGCAGGGCCCGAGGUCGGAACAAGGGCAGCCCUGGGCUGUUCUCUGGCUCUGCCAGUCAGAACCCUGGCUCAGCUCCCACUGCCAAGCUCAUUGGUACCAUGGAGUCUAUAGGAGCUGGAUCAGAGGAAGCGUCCAGGGGCCUGGGGGAUGACAUUGAGAGCUCAGGGAGGGUCCAGGAGCCAGUCUUUGGGAACAGCCCUCAAGAACAGGAUCUCCAAAAGCAGGCAGAAGAGGAAGGGCUGGAGGAACCCCUAUAUGAGAAUGUUGUACUCAUGUCUGGGCCACUAGAGCCCUAAGGACCCUGAAUUUGGGGAGUUGAAAGAGUGUGAUUGGGGUGGCAGGGCAGGGAGGGGGCACCAGAACUGUCCAUGGAUCAGAUUAUACUUUGUGAUAGGAAAUGAUCCCAGAGCCAGAACAGACUUCUAGAGCCUCUGUCCUGGAGAAGGCCAGGGUUAAGAGGCCAGUUGGCUCUGGGCCCUGGCAGUACUGGAAGCCUGGACAGAGACCCUGCAGGAUGGGGUCAGGAAGUGGGAAGAGAUGGCUACAGGGACUUUUUCUCUGUUAUUCUGAAUUCUGCCCCAAAGGACUAUUAUUUCCUUCAUUUGUAAAACAUUGUUCUGAAAUCAGAAACAAACUAAAUGUUUGAUGAUGAAAGAUAGACAAAACAAAUAUUUCUUAAGAAAAUCAUGUGUACCAUAUUUAAUAUGAGAGAAUGUGCUAUGCUAAAUAUGUAAAAAGCAAUUUAAA